AAAAAUAAAUCAUUUCCAUACAAAGCAUAUCGAUAUAUUUAUAGAUUUAUCGACAACCUGAAUCACUCAUAAACAUGAGCGCCUUCCAGGAUCUUUACAAAAAAGGCAUGGAUCGCGGCGCCCACCAAAGACAGCGACAAAAGGAGCUUCUCAGGCAGCAGAAGCUGCGCCGCCAGCAGGAACAGGAUGGCACCAGGUCACUGCAGAAAAUCCAAAGCGAAAAGCCUUCCACAAGCAACUUUAACAAGAAACAACGUGUUGCCAAGCGAAAUGAGUUUCCUUUUAGGCCACAGCUCUCCGAGUGGCUGCGGGAGAAACCGGAGGAGCUGAGCGAGUGGAUGCUAGUGCCGUGUCCUGUGGGAAGGCGAUGCCUGGUGGUUGCUUACAAUGGAAAAACAAAGGUCUUCACCAAAGCCGGCUACUGCUUUCAGGAGUUCAAAUCGAAAUUGCCGGGGGAUGUCACUCAAAUAAAGUACCAAACAGUGCUGGACUGCGUCUAUGUGGAGAAGGAGGAAACUUUUUAUGUGCUGGAUGCUAUCUCCUUUGGCCAGCAAGAGCUGCAGGAGUGUGAAGCUGUGUUUCGCUUCUACUGGCUCCGUGCCCGUUUCGAUGAGAAUGAUUUCGAAACGAUAGGCGAUCACAACGAAAAGGCUUUCGUGCUGGUGGAUCACCACGACUUCGACAACACUUCGGCCAUCGAGGAGACACUCCAGAAGUAUCCCCUUUGGGACGGGAAUAAGCCAGCCCUGGACGGUUUUUUGUUCUACCACAAAGAGGCAAGUUACGUGUGUGCCACUACUCCCUUGGUUUGCUGGCUGUUUGCCUUUAUGGUGCCGGAUGUCCUGGGACUACCAGUAAGUGAAAACUAUGCAGCUCCGGAUGAUUACCAGCCCAGGCAGCCGCUGGAGUACAUGAACGAGUUCGAUCGCAAGCUGGAUGAGCAACGAUUGCAGCGCCGAAAGCAGAAGAAAAAGAAAGUGCCCGCCAUGGAUGCAGAAAACGAGGAGCAAGCAUCUUCUUCCAUGGCACAGGAUGUGCCGGAGGAUGACGAUGAUAGCGAUGAGUUCGCCAGCCUUAAAAGUCUUCUUGACCACGAACGGCGCCUGGAGCUGGGCGAAUUAGACAUGGACUGUGAAGAGUCGCCAUCAGCUGUAAGCUGCUAGGC